CGGGGGGAGUGGUCCGGCCUGGCCGGACCUGAAUACUUGUAUUGGAGCUAUUAUUGGUAGACAUAAUAUAUUUAUUAUCUAAAAUUCUAACUAUGCCGUUUAUUAUGUCAUUUUUAAGCGUUUUGCGAACAAGGCUGCUCGUAUAUUAGCUAGUUCUAGUUUCGAGGCUUGUGUUGGUUAUCUUUUUGUUCCUCAAUGCAUUGUAAGUCAGUUGGUGAGUGAUUUACUUGAUUAAUAGAGUGAUUUAUUUAUUAUUAUAAAAAAAGCUUAGAGUGUAGUAUAGUAAAAUGUGAUUAUGUGAGUAUGUGUUCAUGAUUUUUGAAUAAAAAUAAGCAGACUCCUACACCAAAGAAAAAAAUCGUCCACCUUGAUUUAGACUUUGAAUCCUAGAUCUCCGUGAUUUUUUUUCAAGGGACCCGUGAUUAUGUUUAUAAUGUGAUUGUCACUCUUUUUAUUCACGAAACAUGCAUACCAGAAAGGAUUAAUUUAUACUCCCUACUAAUUUUAUGAUAACAGCAAAUGACCUAACCAAUUAAAACCUCGUUGGUACUAAUCCCGAGUUCCCUAUGAAAUACUUCAUCCGUCCAACUAAGAUUGUUUCAUCCGUCCAACUAAGAUUGUUUCAUACCAAAUUUGGUAAACAUUGUACGGUUAUAAAUUGUUCUUAUUCAUUUGAGAAAGUUCCUGAAAUAGGACUAAAAAGGUUUGAAAAUUCCAAAAUAAGACUAUCAUGUUUUUAUUCCCAAAAUAGAAGUAAUUACUGUCAAGUUUGAAAAAUAUUGCUAUGUUUGAAGUCUGGUACUGUCAAAACAUGGCAGUAAUUAGUCUUUUUUGGGAAUAAAAACAUGACAGUCCUAUUUUAGAAUUUUCAAACUAUUUUACUCCUAUUUUGGGUAAUAUUCUGUAUAUAUUCUUCUUUAUUAAUUCAAUGUCAAUUGUAUAAACUCACUUUUCUUAAAAAAAAUGCACCAUCUCAUCACGCCUUAAUGUUAGUGGGACGGAAGUAAGGAUGUUUUUACUUGGAUUGUAAUCUGUCCCAGAUCAGACCAGACCAGACCAGACUUGGAUAGUUAUAAAAAUACAAAGAAACCAGACCGGACUAGAUCAGUUCAGAUAAGAUCAGAGCAAACCAACAAAUUAGAGUCCAAGUAAAAACAUCCUAAUAACGAAGAAGAAAUAAGAGAAACACCGAAGAAGUAAGAGAAAUAAGAGAUUUACUCGAGAUCGGUGAAAAUGGUAAGAAGAUCCAGAGCGCGUUUGGUAAUCCCUUUUUUUUUGGCUUAUCAGGCUUAUCAGCUAGCUUUUUCACCAAACACGUAACUUUUGAUUUCACGCGUUGAAUUAUGUAAUAAGCAUAAAAGUAAGGUUGGAGUUACUUUUCUGACUAUAUUGACUGAAGUUACUGUAGAUGAUCAUUUUACCUUUUUUUUCAUAUAAGUUUUUAUUCUAUUUAUUACUACCUCCGUCUCCCUAAGUUUGGGACAAAGGGGUGUGAUGUGGUUUUUAAGAAAAUGUAGAAUUGUGUGGUUGGUAUUGAAUUGAUAAAGUGUGAAUAAAGUAAUAAUGAAUUCUAACCACUCAAACAUUAUCUAAUAUAGUAUGUGACAAACUUAAUGGGACAGACGAAAAAGGUAAAACGGGACAAACAUAGGGUGUGUUGGGUUAAUGGCCCAAACAGGGGCCGGCCCAUUUUCCCCCUCACUCGGACGAACGUCCGGAUAGGAGUCUGGGUGGGCUAAGUUAACAGGGUAUUGGCAAAGACGAACGUCGUAACCAAAACCUUGGCUUACCAGCCCAUUCCGACGGACAUCCACGCAGUUGACAAUGAAUCAGGCCCACAGGCCACAAGGAUGACGACGAACGUCGCCGGAUCAAGCCCAUAACCACGGAAGGCAAUCUGAUCCAUAUGACAAAUCCCCCAAGGGCCAGGGUACGAACGGCCCAAUACCCCAAUACCCUUUGCAAUAUCACCAGGAGUAACUCACCUCCCCCAGCUGGACGAACGUCCCCACUAAUUAGGCGGGAAACCCAGAUCCUGGCGGGAAGCGCAUUUAAUGCUGAAGAUUUGGUGGUUGGGGCACCAGCCAUUCACAAUCCUCCACGUCAGCAUAGCCAACUGCCCAUUGGUAGUAUAAAUAGCAGCAUUUAUUUCAUUGUAAAGGGUGAGCAACUUUCUAUUCUUAGCACUCUAGCUUAUAGCAUUCUUACUCGCAGCUCUCCUACUGCCUUGUAAGACGAACGGCC